AUGGAUCAAUCCACCGUUGGUUUCGAGGCCAAGCGAAGCAAAAUUUGUCAGAUUUGCGCCACGGUCUCCGAGAAUUAUCAUCUGAAUUACGGCGUGCCCACCUGUUUGAGCUGUCGUGCAUUCUUCCGGAGAACCGUUCAAACCAAAGUGGAGAGCUUGGAAUGCUCCAAAUCCGGCAAUUGUGCCAUGAUCCCAAAGAGUCGGAAGAAUUGCCGCAAAUGCCGAUUGGAGCGCUGCUAUAAGGCGGGCAUGGAUCCGAAUUUGGUGAUGGAUGAGCAAGCCAAGAGAUCGCGGUUUCGGAACGUCAAGAGUAAGAAACGACUGGAUUCAGAGCAAUCAGGAGCAGAGCCUGUCAAGAAUGUCGCUUCUCAAUCCGCAUCCAUUGUUCCGGAGCACAGCGCUCCUCCCGCAUGGAUCCACAAUGAGUUCGAAAACAGUGGCAAACCCAUGGAGAGUGACGAGUAA